CGCGCAGUGCUCAAGAGCUCCCUCCACUCAAGCAAGACCCAACCCAAGUCCAGACAAGACCGACUCGCUCCAGUCCAAUCAUGACCUCCAUCCUUCUGCGCGUCGUUGCUCUCCUGUCCCUGUUGGUGGUGCAAGCUCACGCGUGUGCCUUCAAGCAGCCCAACAUGCAGCCAAGCGCGCUCGGACGCCACCUCCAGCGCCAAGAGAACGAGUCCGACCCAGCGACGACCGACUUUCUCGCCAAGACCGACGGCGCUGAAGACUUGUCGAGUGUGGCGGCGUUCAUCGAUGCCCUGGUGGAGACUGAAGAGGCCACGACGGACUCGCCCUUCUACUCCAACUGGUCGACCGCGAUUCGUCACCGCGACGAUGAUGCCGACGAAGCCAACAGCGACGAAGACACUGAGUUCGAAGACGUCGGAGUUGAGCUCACGCCGUCUCCGGAAUUGAACAUGGCGGACGCGUCUGCUUCGCUGGAAGAUGUAGCUGGAUCGGCGGUGUUCAACUCAAGCGGUGACCAGGAACCUAUGGUCGGCGACGACGAUGCCAACAUGGCGGACGGAAAGGCGGUUCCCAGCAACUCGGCGCCGCUGCAGCUCUCCAGCGCCAUUGCUGCGUGGAUCAUCGCGUUCGCUAUCGCUCUCGACAUGGCGAAUUAAGCCGCCGCAGACACAAACUUCCUCCCGAUCUCCAAGAACAAGCUCCAUGUACAG